AUGGAACUUCUGUGGACGGUGAUUAAAUGUGUGGCCGCUUUUUUGAGGAUCUGUUUAGAAAAUUUUCCAAGAGACUGCCAAGAUGUAUUAUGGGAGGGUUACAUGGAGAGCAAGGUGUACACGAUCUAUCCACAAGGAGGGGGACAGCUGGAGGUCUUCUGUGACCAGCACACAGAUGGUGGUGGUUGGACGGUUAUACAGCGACGGAUGGAUGGGGUGAUAGACUUUUUCCGGAAUUGGAAGGACUACAAGUACGGGUUUGGUAACAAGUUGGGGAAUAUUGGAAACCACCAAAUACAUGAAAUUGUUAAUCAAGGAUAUUAUGAACUGCGAAUAGACAUGUCUGACUUUAAUAAUGAAAAAAGGUAUGCUCUGUACAAAAGAUUUUCCAUCGGUGAUGAAGCCCAUGGGUAUAAUCUUCAUGUUGAAGACUACGAAGGGACAGCAGGUGACUCGCUGAUAGCUCAUCAUAAUGGGGCACAAUUCUACACAAAGGACCACGACACGUCAGGUCACUGUGCACAAGCUUCCAAAGGUGGUUGGUGGUAUAACAAUUGUCAUUAUUCCAACCUGAAUGGAAUGUACCUCAGCGGAAAUCACGUGUCAUACGCUGACGGUAUUAAUUGGAAAACUUGGCAUGGAUAUCACUACUCACUCAAGACCACAGAAAUGAAAAUAAAACGACUUUAAAACGAAUCUUAUUU